AUGGAGGACGAUAUUGCGGUGAUAGGCGUCGGCUUACGCUUCCCUGGAGAGGCAGACUCGCCCGAGGGGUUAUGGAGAGUACUCAAAGGUGGGGAAUCUCAAUGGUCAGAAUUCCCAAAGGAUCGACUCAACAUUGAAGGUUAUUUCCACCCAGGUGGAGAUCGCCAGGGCAGUAUUUCUUUUAAAGGUGCACAUUUUCUGAAAAAUGACGUCUCUACAUUUGAUGCACCGUUCUUCUCUGUCUCUGUCGACGAUGCCAGAGCCAUUGACCCACAACAAAGAAUCUUGCUCGAGGUUUCUUAUGAGGCCCUGGAAAGUGCUGGCAUUAGAAAGGAGGAUGUUGAGGGAAGUGACACUGCGGUGUAUGUCGGAUCAUUCGUAAAAGACUAUGAGCAAAUAUGCCUUCGGGAUCCAGAUUGGCAACCACAAUACGCGGCUACAGGCAAUGGAAUUGCCAUCAUGGCCAACCGAAUUUCUUAUGCCUUCAACUUCCAUGGCCCCAGCAUGACCAUCGACACGGGAUGCAGCGGUAGUCUGGUGGCCAUUCACCUUGCUGCAAAGAGCCUUCAGAAUGGAGAGUGUUCAUUGGCCCUUGCGGCCGGUGCGGGACUGAUUCUAACACCGAACACCAUCAUGCCAAUGACGGCUCUCAACUUUCUCAGUCCUGACGGUAAAUGCUUCACAUUCGACGAGCGAGCCAACGGAUAUGGGCGUGGGGAAGGUGUCGGAGUUGUUGUUCUUAAGCGGCUGUCUGAUGCAUUGCGUGACAACGAUACCAUCCGGGCCGUAAUCCGUGGUACAAGAGUGAACCAGGACGGCCGGACCCCCGGUAUCACUCUUCCUAGCAAAGAGGCCCAAGUUGAUAACAUCCGGUCCUUGUACACAUCAGUGGGACUUAGUUUUGAUCAGACAGCCUACGUCGAAUGCCAUGGCACGGGAACUCAGGCCGGAGACUGGCGCGAACUCAAAGCUGUUUCAGAAACUCUUGCUCAAGGCCGACCUAUCGAUCAACCUAUUAUCGUUGGGUCGCUGAAACCUAACAUUGGCCAUCUUGAGGGCGCCGCAGGGGUUGCAGGGCUGAUCAAAGGAGUGCUUGUGCUGGAGCAUGGAAAGAUUCCUCCAAAUAUAAAUUUCGAACAUGGAAACCCUAGUAUCAAUUUUCAUGAAUGGAAGGUCAAGGUCCCUACACGAUUAAUGGACUGGCCACUUCCGGGUAUACGACGAGUAAGCGUGAACUGUUUUGGAUUUGGAGGAACAAACGCGCAUGUGAUUCUUGAAGAAGCCCAAGGCUAUCUUGAAGCACACGGUCUCACUGAGAAUCCCGCCUUGACGUCUAUAAACUACGACCAGCCGCACGGAGUGAAGCGCAAAGCAACCCCCCUAAUCUUUUGUUUCUCGUCGAAUGAGAAGGCGGGCGUAAAGAGGAUCAUCGAGUCUCAUCUGAAAUAUCUUGAAGAUAAUAAGGCCCGGCUCUCCGCAGAAUUCUUGGCGUCGUACUCUUACACACUCUGCUGCCGUCGUUCUAACUUGGAAUGGAAGCAUUGCAUCGUUGCUAGCUCAGCGGAUGAGCUGCUGGACAAAAUGAAUAGCCAAGAAAUGCCCAGGUCGAGGCGAUCCGCCAUUGACAAACAACCACGAAUCUGCUUCGCCUUCUGUGGCCAGGGCUCGGACUGGACCAGGGUGGAAGAGCUGCUUCAGUAUCCAAGUUUUGAGAAGAGCCUACGAGAUGCUAGCGAGUAUCUGGAAACCGUCCUGGGGAGCUCUUUCAAUCUCAUGGACGAAGUAUUGACACCCACCGAGUCUAAAUCCAAGCCUGAAAUCGCUCAGCCAGCAACGACUGCCAUUCAGAUUGCCAUGGUGGAUCUUCUCCAAUCGUUGUCUAUUGCGCCUCAACAUGUCAUCGGACAUUCGUCCGGAGAGAUCGCGGCCGCCUACGCAGGGGGUGCCCUGACCCGACAGGCUGCCUGGGAAAUAGCAUACUUUCGAGGAAUGGCUGCAGCACGACUGUCCCAUAGUCAAGGAGAUACCAAAGGCGCGAUGCUUGCUACGGGCAUGUCAUUUGAAGAAGCCCAGACGUAUCUCGGAUCAUCAAGGUGGGGCGUUGACAUCGCCUGUAUCAACAGUCCCAGGUCGGUCACGCUAUCAGGAGAGUCUCAGGCCGUGUAUCACGUUGCAAACGAGCUGAAAGAAAGGGGUGUCUUCUAUCGAUUACUGCCUGUAGACGUUGCCUAUCAUUCCCGACAGAUGAAGUGCGUCGAAGAGUACUAUCAGAUCCUAUUGAAACACAUCACAGCCAAUCCAUUGACGCCAGACGCCACGAUGUUCUCCUCAGUUCAUGGGGGUAGACUACAAGGGCCAGAGCUUGACGGUUUAUACUGGGCUACUAAUAUGGUGUCUCCUGUACAGUUCCAGGUCGCUAUUCAGAACAUGCUGGGCCUCCCUAGUGAAGAAAGGCCAACUAUUAUCGUUGAGCUAAGCCCUCAGAUGUCUCUCAAGUCUCCAAUACUUGAUACGUUAUCAGACCUGGGAUUGAAGUCACCGCCAGCCUAUUUUUCGAUAGCGGAUAGAAAGAUGGGAUUCUCCAGAUCAGUUCCUCAGCUUGCGGCAGAACUAUGGUCGCGUGGGCAUCAAAUUGACAUGUCACCCAUUAUCACCCGCGGUGCUCUCCCUCGCUGUCUAUCCGACUUGCCUCCUUAUUCGUGGAAUCAUAGCAAUUCAUACUGGCACGAAUCCCAUCUGGGAGAAGCGAAUCGUUUUAGGGCAUAUCCUCGUCAAGAUCUCAUAGGUGCACCAACUGCGGACUCGAUCCCUUUUGAACCAAGAUGGCGUGGGUUUCUGCGCGUCUCGGAAAAUCCCUGGAUCCAGGAUCACCAAGUACAAAAGACCAUCGUGUAUCCCGCAGCUGGAAUGAUCUCAAUGGUGCUAGAGGGAGCUAAGCAGAUAUCACACGGCGAUGAGAAUAUCCAAGGGUACGAGAUCUCCCGGAUGAAAAUUGAAAAGGCGAUGGUCAUUCCUACAACCAAACAUGGUCUGGAGAUGGCACUCAAUAUUAAAAUGAAACCACAUCUUGAUGGAAAAGGGGGCCAGCAUAGCUUCUCAAUCUAUUCAAAGCAGCUUGGUGCUCCAUGGGAGCGCCAUGCGACUGGGUUUCUACGAUGUGUCCAAAGCUCUAGGCCACGAGAAGCAUCUGAGUGCGAGGUCGAUGUUCUCGAGAGGCAGAGGGCAAAUUGUUCCAACGCACUGGUACCUCGACAGCUUUAUGAGCACAUGGACACUCUAGGGAUGAACUAUGGACCACUGUUUCAGAACAUUGUUGAGAUCCGUCAAGGUAAUGGGUGCUGCUCCAGUCAAUUACGUAUUCCGGACACCAAGUCGAAGAUGCCAGCGGCGUUUGAGUACCCGCACCUUUUGCAUCCAGCCACUCUCGACUCCAUGUUUCAGACUCUGUUUGCAAUUGAACCUGUUCCGAUGGUCCCUACCUCUAUCGACUCAAUAUAUGUAUCUGCGGAUAUUGGUUUGGGUAGCUCCCGUGAUUUCUUUGGUUUCUCGACUGCCAGCCGCGUCGGCAUUGGAAACGCAAGGGCCAACAUUACUAUGCGUCAAAAGAAUAGCGAUUCUCUUGUGGUGGUAAAAGGGCUACAGCUUACGGCUCUCGAGAAUUCAUCGCCAGGCUCAGAAGCAGGUGGAUUCCUGCCAAACCAUCGGAACCUUUGCACAGAGAUUGUCUGGGAGAAGGACGCAACUUUUGCAACGCCGCAUUAUCUCAAGGAUGUUUUGAAUUUCUGGGCACACAAACACCCUGGAUUAUCUAUCCUCCAAGUUGGAGGAUCGGUUUCUUUGACCCAGGCAAUUCUCACCAAUCUAUGUCCCUCAAGCUGUGUAGCCCCGAGACUUUCUCGGUACACAAUUGGACACAUUGAGGGCGAAGAACAGGCAGUUCUAGACGAUGAGGUUCUUCCAGACAAAAGAGCGGCCCCUUUCAUCGAAUAUGUGAAACUCAAUGGACCAGAAAACCUGUCUGUCUAUCACUUAAUCCUGGUAGUGAGUAAGAUGGGGGUUGAUCUGGAUUCCCUCGGGUCCUACUUGAAGCCAGAUGGUCGUAUCCUGGACGUAUCACCUUUCAACUCGAUUGAUGCUGUCAAUGGCACUGACACUGAAACUCAGGAUUCCGGGAUUGAUAUCCCAGAGCUUGGGCAAAUAGAAGUACACGCUCUUCAAAAACCUCGGGAAACUGAAGAUAUCCUUCCACACCACAUUGUUUUCUUACAUCAUGAUCAACUAGACGAGCAAAUAUCGAAUUUGAUUGGAAUUUUUUCAUCCAACUCUGUGUUUAAAACCUCCUCGGUCUCAUUGAGCGAGUCAGUUACCGAUCCCUCAAUUCUUGCGGACAAAAUCAUCGUCUCUCUUCUCGACCUGGCUCGAAAUGUUGAUCAAGCCUGUUUUACAUACAACUGGACUGAAUCAGAGUUCAAAAUGUUUCAUCACAUGCAACAAAAGGCCAAGGGGAUCCUAUGGAUCACGCAGGGCGCCCAUAUGCGGCCUAUUCAUCCCAAAGCAAGCCCCAUCGUGGCAUUGGCGCGGACUCUGAUGUCUGAGGACCCCCUCAAGAUCAUCGUAACCUUAGAUCUCGCUACAGGUACAAAUCCGGGCCACGAGAAGAUAUGUGGCCUCGUAUCUAAUAUUCUGUCACAUUCUUUUAGCCAAUCAUCCACGUCAUCUCUUAGAGAGACUGAGUUCGCUGAAGAGAGUGGUCAGCUGUACAUACCAAGACUCGCUCCCGUCAGCAAUUUGAAUAAGAUAAUCGAGAAGUCGGGAAACGAUGCGUUUAUAUCCAGAAUCUCAUUCCAUCCUAAACCAUCAUCACCAGAACUCGGUCUCAAGAUCACAAUUUCCAGGCCAGGGCUCGCAGACGGAGGGGCAUACUUUACAAGGUGCCCAGGUCAGAACCUUGAGGCCAACGGAGUGAAGAUCAAAUUCAGCAGUGCUAUUGCCACUCACCUUGAUCUCGAGGUGGCCAAAGGGCGUACAAAUAAAUCCAGUAUAUGCAUGGAUAUGAUUGGGCAAGUUGUAUCUUCAGGAAGACAAGUCGCCCAUGUCAGUCAAGGUGAUCAAGUCGUCGCAUUGGUGGCGGACGGGGCUUUACAAAAUGUACUCCAUGUGGACUCCAGAUUUGUGGCAACUCAUCGCCCAGGACUGAUCCCCAGUUGCUUCGUCAGUGCAUACUAUGCUCUUGUUGACAUUGGCCGGCUUGGCUCUGGUCGCACGGCUCUCGUUCACAGUGGCGCCAGCUGCUUUGGCCUUGCCGCCGUGCAAAUAUGCCAUAUCAUCGGCGUCGAAGUCUUCGUCACAGUGAUGGGAGACGAAGUCAACUCACAGAGGGAUGCGCUCGAGCGCGGUGGACUAAAACCCGAUCACAUUAUAGAAGCUAACUCAGAUGAGUUCAUUAAUGUUGUCAUGGAGAAUACAGGUGGAAGGGGGGUUGACGUCCUGUAUAACCCGACGCAAGAGCAUGCCAGCAUUAACGUGAGAUGUGUUCGCCGUGGGGGGAGCAUUAUCCAGCUGGAACAGGUAGAGAGGUGCAUAGCCAGGGACAUUCCUAUCCGGGGAACAUUCGUCGCAUUCGACAUUGGCCAAAUGAUGCACGAUGACAUUGAUGACGUCGCGAGGUUGUUCCGACUUACUAUGGACCUGAUCCACGACAACCCUCUGGAUUUCAUGACUUCGGCAAGCACCUCAGCUGAAUUCGAAAUCGACAGACCCCUGGAGGCCUUGAGGCAUAUGGAACAAGCGCCGCACCUUGGGCAUACCAUAAUCAGGGGAGAUUAUAGCCCUUCCCAGAGAGUUCCGGUCCUCUCAGAGGAUAUCUCAUCGCGUUUCAGGAAUGCCAUUGACCAAGAUGGGACUUACCUUCUGGUGGGCGGCCUGGGUGGUCUUGGGAGAAGCAUCUCAGACCUUCUUGUCGCGAAUGGUGCGCAAAGUCUGGUCUUCUUAUCUCGUUCUGGGGCUUCAACGGAUGAAGCAAGAAAAUUCAUCAGCCAGCUGAGCCAGAAGGGUGUGCGGACAAGUGUGUUCCAAGUGGACAUAUGCGACAGGUCAGCCGUGGCUCGCACGCUCCAAGAAAUAACAGCCGGUGGUGCGCCUCCUCUUCGGGGAGUGUUCCAAUGCGCCGCUGUCAUCAAAGAUGCCGUCUUUGAUAACAUGACCUAUUCAGACUGGCUAUCAGCCUUUCGCCCCAAAGCAGAAGGGUCCUGGAACCUUGUGGAGGCGGUGGAGGCAAGCAAGCAAGACCCCUUCUUCAUUUUCCUAGCCAGCUCGGCCGGAGUGAUUGGAAAUCGCGGGCAGGCCAACUAUGCCUCGGGAAAUUGCUUUGAGGAUGCCCUCGCGCGACAUCUUCGAAUCCGCGGGAAGCAUGCUGUCUCAAUCGACCUCGGGCCCGUCUUGGGUGCAGGGAUGCUGGCUGAGGAUGAGGGUAUCCUCGAUGCCCUCCGCGCGAGCGGAUUCUACGGCAUCCGGCACGAGGAUUUCCUCCAGGUCCUGGAGCACGCCAUCACCAUGGAGAUCCUGCCGGGGCAGCGCAUGCCCGCACAGGUGAUCCUCGGUGUCGGCACUGGUGGAUUGAUGCUGCAAAAUCAACCGGCAGACCCUUACUGGUCCCGUACAGCGCUGUACAGCUAUCUCAACCUUGUGGAUAUGCCGCCGCCUGACUUAUCUAGCGGAAAUGCAGGCUUGGUGAUGGAUAUUAAAACUAGCCUUGCCAGCUGUGCCAGUGUCGAUGCGGCGGCGGAAAUUGCGUGCGCUGGACUCACUAGCAUGUUGGCCAAGGCGAUGAACAUGCAUUUGGAGGAAAUGGAUACGGGGAAGCCGCCCAAUUCAUACGGUGUAGACUCUUUGGUGGCUGUGGGAGUCCGGAACUGGAUUCUGAGCAACUGUGGUGUUCAGGUGUCGGUGUUUGAAAUUCUGAGCGAGAAAACAAUUGCAGAAUUGGCCAUGUUGGUUGCUGAGAAAGGGAGUUUUGGGGAGCGCCAUGAUUAUACAGAGGAGGCACGAUAA